UAAUAUUCAUUGCAGCUGUAGUACUAUUGGAUACAACCUGUCUGCAAGGUCACUGACCUAAACCAAGAUUUCUUCUACAUGUCAUGCUCAAAAUGCAAUCAUGGGAUUGAUGCCACAGACGAUACUGAAUUUUGGUGCAACUUUUGUGAUGAGAAGGUUGAGCCAACGCCAAGGUGCAAGUUUAAUGUUUUGCUCUCAGACUCCACAGGAGAUAUCACUGCGACAACGUUCACGAAAGUUGCAGAAACCAUGUUCGGAAUAACAGCUCUGUACUUGAAAGAAAACACAACUGAGGAUGGGCUGUCCAUGGCUGCAAUGGAAGCAAUUACUAAGGAGGUGGAAUAUGUUGUUCGUGUCAAAGCAUAUAAAUAUGGUCUAGAGGAAAAAUCGCACUGCCUUUUUAACGUCCACUAGUUUGAUGAGGUAAAAAA